UAAGAAACGAAUUGAUAAUUUGAUCAAUCACAACAAUCGAAACAAUUAAUUUAAGAAAUGAGAGAUAAUGAAUAACGACCACUCUUGAUACGUUUGAACGGUUAAUGUACCGUUAAUUGUUACGAUAUUUUGAUUAAUCAACAUGAGGGAAGAAGAAAAAAUCGCCUAAUCAUUUAAUUGUUGUAUUCUAAUUGUGGUUAGCAAUUUAAUCAACCUUGAAUCAACCGCUUAAUCAUUAUAACCAAAAAUCCUAUAGAUUUUUUCAUCUGUCAUAUUAACAUUUUAUAUCAUUGUCUUCGUGGUAUCCAUAUGGUUAUUUAGGUUGCUAAUUGUAAUCAAAAGUUGUUACCCAGUUAAUCAAAAUUCAAUCGUUAAUUGUUACAAUAUAAGUUAAUAAACUACAGAAUGUCCAAUGUUAAUCUCGAUAAUCAAAGUAAACAAUUCCAAGAAGCUUUUAAUGAGAUCAGCAAUUUACGAUGUAAAUUAGAUUCUAAAGCUCGAGCCUCAGUGAUUCUAAGUCAAGAUCUACUUGAAUGUAAACGAGAACGUGAUGAAUAUAAAUUGAUGUACGAUCAAAUUAAGGAAAGAUAUAGUGGACUUAAAAGGCGAAUUGAAGGUUUGGGUGCUAAUUUCAUGGGAAUUAACGAAGAUCCAAACAAUUUAACCAGUGCCAGUUUCGCUCAAAUUUUGUGCCAAUUAAACAAACAGAACAAAAUGUUACUCUAUGAAUUGGAAGAGGUUAAAACUAAAUUAAUCGACGCUGAAGGUGAUGUCCGAUUGCUCCGAGGACAAAUUAACUCAAUGAAAAGAAGACCCGGACAAUUAGUUAAUCUACAUUUAACUAAUAGUAACAAUAAUCCAAUGACACCACCACCAUCAUCAUCAACAUCAUCAUCAACAACAACACCGAUAACAACAACAAUCAACAAUGGCAAUAAUAGUAAUCAUAAUGUCAGUAAUUGUGGUAACAAUUUAUCAAGUAUCUGCAACAAUAAAGGGACCAAUUUAAAUAGUGAUUUGAUUGAUAAAAAUGUUGGACAAUCAACCGAUUGUCCAACACCAAGUUCACCAUUGGUGGUGACAACAAUUAACUCCUCAUCGAUACCAUGGAUUAAGGAUAAAGAUGAUAAGGAAUCACUGGUGGCACAAUUAGAGAUGAUUAAACAACGUAAUUGUUUACUCGAGAAGGACAUGCAAUCACUUCUCGAUGAAAAGGAAGAGUUAAUCAUGAUUAGAGAUGCUUAUAAGGCGAAAGCUGAACGGCUCAAUGGACGAUUGAAUAAUUUACUUCGAGAGCAAUCAGAUGAUCAAAGUGGCGAUAAUAUCAAUGAUACGAAAACUGUUGAUAUUGACAGUUUGAUCAAUGAGAAUAAUUUUCUUAGGGAGAAAAUAUCACAAUUAGAGGAGGAAAAGAAAAGAUUGAAAAGUUUAUGUUCCAAAUAUCGAAACAUCCUCGAAAAGUCAACCCCGUCGACAUCGAGCUCCAUGUUUUCAUCGUUGAAAUCGUCGUCAUCAUCGGAUUCUAAGUCUAAAUUGUUGGCUGAUCAUCAAGCUCUUUCCAAUGUUAUCUCAUCCAAACAGGUUCAAGCUUUCAUCGCUUCCAACAAUUUAAAUAAUCUUCAACUAUCUCAGGCCACUUUGGUUCAUUUGAAGAGUUUGGUAAUCGCUCUGUUUGAAUCGUUAACUGAUAAAUCAUCGGCUCUCGCUUUGCAGAGGAAAAACAAUCGACUGCUUGGUGAAAGAUUAGAGGAAUUAGAGGAAAAGAUCAAACAAUUAAAAGCUCGAGAAAAAGUUUUCUUUCUAAUGAAGGAUAAUAUUAAAUCGGAAAUGUAUCAUCUCGAAGAUCUUGAUGAUAUAAUUGUCAAUUCUAAUAACAAUCAAAACGAACCAUCGUCUUCGUCAUCAAACUUUCAAUCAAUUAAUAAUAAUCAACAAUCUUCUGAAUCUAUAAGUGGAAAUUGUAAUAAUGUUACUGCUAAAUUAUCUGAUGAAAUUGAUGAAAUGAGUGAAAAAAAUGUUAAUUGUGAUGGUGAAAAUGAUGAAAUCCAAUUACCAAGUAAUUUAAAAGCAUUAGUUGAAGGGGAAGUUGAAAAAUUGAAACAAAAUCAAGAUAAUUUAUAAUUAAAACGCUUAAUCAAUAAUAAUUGACUCCAAUUGAAUAAAAACAUUUUUACCAAA